AUAAAUCUGUUCCGAGGUUUGGAUAAUGCCUAACCUGUUGACAAAAAUCCACCGUGUUUGCUUAUCAGAACGAGAAAGUCUUUAUCUUUCUGUAAUUACGUUUCAAAUCAAAGAAAUAAACGUAUAAGAAAAUACGACUUGCCCCUGAAUGUCAGUGAGUGGUAAAGAUUUCUUGAUUUAAUUAUGGAUACCUUAGUCGAAGACGAACACCUUCGGACAUCGACUCCGGUCGAAAGUCUGGAUGUCCCGCAUCUCCUGGAUCCGGGGGAGGAUUUGUCGGAUAGCAAAGGAGAUGAUCGGGAAACCCCGGACUUUGUCGUCCGACUCGGAACCUCCUUAGCUAGAUCCGAGGCGGGGUCCCAGUACAAACUUCUCAAGAAAGAAUUCUUCUUAAGACCUCUGGAUUCCCAAAAAGUAUCGAAACAGAACCAGUCUGCUAAUUCCGGCGGAACGAGUAUCCGUAGUUCCGGUCGCGUGUCGCCGAUCCGCCGCCGGAGCUCCGUUAUAUCGCUGAGUAACGAAAACCGACGGAGUUCUGUUAUAUCGCUGUGUAACGACAACCGUCGGAGUUCUGUGACGUCAAUUUCAACGGAGCAGAACCAACGCCUACUGCGCCGGGGUCUGGGGCGACUCCGAAGGAGGAUGUCCACAAAGGGUGUACUGUUCCCUCCCUCACCCUCACCGAAAGAGGAUCUCACCCCACGGGAGCCGCGUAUCGUCAAGUUCAGGAGAAUCGCCAAAAGUGUUCUUGUUGUGUCUGGAAUCUGGAUAUGGCUCAAAAGGUAUACCCUAACACCCAACAUGAAGGACUGGUCUUUUAUGGAGAUGUACAUUCACGUGCGCGAUGACAUGAACCAAGUCCUUGCCUUCAAUCCUAACACGUACGGAAAGUUUGAACCGCUACGGGACAAGUUAAAAGAGCUGUUGUUGAUACCCAAGGAGAGGCGGACUUUACAGAACAUACAAGUGAUUAUGGCUCUGAUGCGGGACAACGCCUCUUUCCAGGACUACCCUGUUCACACGCAGAUACAGCUUGCCCGCUGUAUGCAGUAUCAAAGUUACGAGACGAGGCGGGUCAUUCUGAAGCAGGGUCACCCCCCGUCCAUGUUCUACAUCAUGCUGACAGGGACGGCCAUUGUUAACAUUCUGGACCAGGACCCCAGGACGGGCAACCAGUUUGUCAGGACGGUCCACGAACUCAAUGGAGGCGACACGUUUGGGGAAAUCGCGCUGAUACACGGAGGGGUCCGCACAGCCUCCAUCAUCUGUAAAACAACUUGCGAGUUCCUGGUCGUCAUGAAAGAGGAUUUUGAUGUGAUCAUCAAGGAGCCGUUGCGAAAACAAAAAGAACAGCACGUAGAAUUCUGCAAAUCCCUCAUGCUGUUCAAGGAUUUCCCGUGCGACAGGGCUUUUCAUCACAACACGAACCAGUUCUUCUACCAGUAUUUCAAACCUGAUGAUGUCAUCGUCAAAGACAGUCGGGAAAGCAAAUACAUAAUUGUUGUAAAAGCGGGAAAGUGCAAAAUUGUCAGUGACUUUCAAGGGAGACGAUCCGAGACUCGACCGGACCGGAUACGGAAGAUGUUUCAUCCGGAAAUCGAGGAGGCGUUCCCGCUGUAUACAACCAUGAAGAAGAUUCGCGCAAUGGACCCGUGUCCCCGAACCGACCAUAAAGCCAACUCCAAAGACACGUUUAGGAUCGGGUUACUGACGGGUACCAUAGACAGGGACAAACUGGUCAACAGUGUCUCAUCCAAGUUACAGAUCACCGAGAAUGCUGCCAAAUCUGAUGACACACCCGUGACACAGCGGCGGCAUUCAGCGGAUCCUCAUAGAAAGCAUGAGAGAUCUAAUCGGAGAAGCAAGUCUUCCAAACCCCGGCUGAUAGAGGAGGUACUAAGCUAUGAAGAGGAAUAUGAAGAGCACCAGAGAGAUGAUGACCCCCUCAUCACAGCGUACGCCCAAAUCUCGGAAUUAAAAACGGGACAAGUUUUUGGCUUGGAGUCCUUGAUCUCUACCCCUUCCACACAGCUGAGCCUGGUCAGCGAGGGAGCGGAAUGUAUCCUUAUUUCCAAGCGUCUUUUCCUGAAGGAGGCCAACGUCAAAGUACUCCGGAUAGUCACUGACCUGGUACAAAAUUAUCCUUCCCACGACUACAUAAAGAAUCAAGUGCACAUAUACCGGAAAUGGGUGCACUAUAAGGCUGACCUGGAGCGAGAGGUGUUGACCAACAUCCGGAGGAAGAAUAAAGCAUGGAUAGGGGGCGUGCCCGCAAAAGCUCGACACUGACUUUGUUAUCUUGUUCUUAAUUUACGUUCUAUCAUUAAA